UCCAAUAUAUUAGACGGGUAUCCUAACUAGAACGACGCUUAACCGAGAGAAAACGUGGGAAUGUCGUGCUCCAGAUGAGAAAACUUUGUAUUUUGAAUGAUUUGAAUCUACUUACCUUUUGAAGUGUAGUUUAUUGUCUCGUUUUGCAGGGGACAUUUGGACAUACUGUUUGUCCUGAAAGCACGACAGAAUGCCCAAGUUAACAGCAGACUUAAUUGAGCAGAGCUCACAAUACACAAACGCGCUGCGAGAAAGGGAACUCGAUUUGCGUGGUUACAAAAUUCCAUUGAUUGAGAAUUUGGGAGCCACCUUGGACCAGUUUGACACCAUCGAUUUCUCAGAUAAUGAUCUCAGGAAACUGGAAGGGUUUCCCUUACUGCGUCGACUGAAAUGCCUGUUGCUCAACAACAACAGAAUAUGUCGGAUCACCGAGGGUUUAGAGCAGAACCUGCCUCGUCUUGAUUCUAUCAUCCUCACCAACAACCUCAUGCAAGAACUGGGUGAUUUGGAUCCCAUGGCAAGUAUCAAGACACUUACAUCAUUAAGCUUGUUAAGAAAUCCAGUGACGAGUCGGAAGCAUUACCGGUUGUACACCAUCCACAAGAUCCCACAGAUCCGGGUGCUGGACUUCAGAAAAGUACGACAAAGAGAACGAGAAGCUGCUGCACAUCUGUUCAAAGGGAAAAAAGGACAACAGUUGUCCAAAGACCUUGGCAGGAAAUCUAAGACGUUUGUACCAGGGGCACCCGUUGGUGGUGAGGGGGACGCAAAGCCUGGACCAUCACCUCAGGAUUAUGCUGCUAUCAAGGCUGCCAUCGUCAAUGCCAAAUCUCUGGAGGAGGUUGAGAGAUUGAACCAAAUGCUCAAGACAGGACAGGUUCCAGGGAAAGACGCCCACAACAGAAACCAAACAGAAGAGAUUGAAGAGGAAGAAGAAGUGGAAGAGGAGCAAGACAUGGACCAGGCUCCGCCCCCGGGAGUGGUCAAUGGAGCAGUCAUGGUGUAGCAGGACGAGGCUCCACCCCCGGGAGUGGUCAAUGGAGCAGUCACGCUGUAGCAGGACCAGGCUCCGCCCCCGGGAGUGGUCAAUGGGGCAGUCAUGCUGUAGCAGGAUCAGUCAGGACUUGUUGACAUUUGACAAAAACUCUCUGAAAACAUUCCUUCGUCGUCGCACUACUACAGCCUUCAAAACUCCUCCUUAUCUGAGAAUGCAGUCAAGGGUAUUUCAAGUAUUCAAAAAGAAUUGGAUAAUUUUCAAAUGUAUACAUUUGAGCACAAGAAAUGGUGUAAAACAUGGUCUAGUCAAAAGUUUUGUUAGAAUUUUGUCCUUACUUCAGAACAAGUACCUUCCUUUGAUUUCAUUGUCCGUUUCCAUGAAAGUCGUUGAUUGUUUGGCCCAAACUGGAAACUUCUUUAUCUUGAUACAUGUACUCGUGUCUGGAACACUGGCUUAACAAACUGGAUGAGGAUUACAUGUUGCAUCAAGUUGUUUGAUUUUGAAAUACUGGAGCUUUUUGAAAACCUUGUUUUUAUAAAGUGAGUGUUAAGUGGAGAGAGAAUUGUCAAAUAUCAGCAUUUAACCUGAAGGGCACAACGUGAUCACGCUGUUUGUACAUAUUAAAUUUUACAGUCUAGAGCGGCAUUUUCAGCUGCAUGUUAUUAGUAGAUAUUAAGCUGGAAAGAACAUAACCUGGAAGGUGAUUAAGAAAAUAAGUUUUAUUUCAUAUAAAAAAAUGAUCCAAGCUACUAGAAGGAAAUUGUGAGACAAGUUACUCUGUUUUUUUUGGCUGUUUAAUGACUGCAGUACUUAAAAAAGGCUUUGCAAGAGAAAAGGUUGAAGGCUUCAUUUUUCAGAAGUUCAUGUUUCUUUUCUUUUGUUAAAAUUUUGUUUUUACAGAUUAUUGGGAAGAAAACAUGUAGUUUCUAUAGAAAAAUGUUUGAAAAAAAGCGAUAGUGUUUCACAUUCACAAAGGUAUUUACUAGGUAUUAUUCAACAAAUGUAAGUGUAUAAAGCAAGUCAUGAAUGUUUUCAACGAUAUUUCUUAAAAAAAGUUGUUGUUUUACGUGUGUAAAUCAAUAAGAUAAUGAUUUAGGGUGGUACCAUAUGACAAAUCUCAUUCAUAAGUUUGAGAGGUUCUGAAAAGAACCGGGGGGGGGGGGGGGGGGGGAACACAAGGUUUCAGACAGUAUACCCAUUGUUAGCAGACUGAUGAUGGGCAAAGCAUACUGUUCAAAUCGUUGAGGUCCCCCCCCCC